AUGAGUUCACAGAGAGGAAACGUGCAGCGAUCGCGGCCUCAGAAGCACCGGAAUGCCACCGUGUUUAAGAACGACAAGUAUGACAGCAACCACCUCACCAAGGUGAGCACCGCACCAUGUGACCAUCACCGGAACUGGCCAUCCGGUCACCGGGUAUCGCCCUGCCAGGCUGCGGUCACCGGGUAUCGCCCUGCCAGGCUGCGGUCACUGGGUAUUGCCUGCUAUGGUCUUAAUAUGUGGACAGAGCAUGUCGAAAGGGAAUGACCCCCAUCCUGCAGGGAGCUUUCCUACCAGUGUUUCCUGCUUUCAUGGUUAUUCCCUGAGUUUAACAUUUUAAGCCAAAAUUGCCAAACUAGAAAUGUAGCUGUUUCUUUUUUCUCUAAUUCAGCUAAUUUGGCCUAAAAUAUUAACUUCAUUUUUAAUGUUUUCUCCCCCUAAACCCGCUAGUAGUAUGUUCAAUGUGGCCAUUCUGUACUGUCAUGUUACAAGAGGCCAGUAAACCUCAUUAAUGGAAGUCUAGUUUCAUAAUGCGCAUUUAUUGGGAUAUUAAAAUUAUAUUCAAUUCCUGGAGCUACUACUGGGACAUCUGUAAAUCUGCUAAGGCAAUUAUGGCGGAAAACCCGUUUGUCAGCUUGGUGAAGUGCUUUAGGGGAAAACUGCAUGUACCCUCUGACUUAUUUUAUAAAAGUAGUUUUAGCAGUUUGAUGAACCCCUUUAGUAACAUCUCCCAGCUUUCAUGUACACAGAGUUGUCUACUCGUUGAACUGUAGUUGAAAGCAGAGAACUGAGUGCUUUACAGAGAAACUUUGUUUGCGAAUCACAGCAUUGGUUGCUCAUGCAAGGUAUGCCCCAGUGCCAAUCUGUGAAAACCAUUUUAUUGGACACAAGUCAUCAGUAAUGAUGAUUUUCACAGGGGCGCUCUCCUGGCGCUGGACUAUAGGUAAGUUUCAAUGCAGAAAUUGAGUGGGGCGAUAAGGAAUCAGAAGAGUGUAAGCUUGUUUGACUGGCUCCUCAUCAACCGUUGUUCCUGUAACACUUUGUAAUUUUCUAAUUUAUUGUUAAAUUUACUCCUUUUAUAAUAUUGUAAAACACUGCGUAAUAAGUUGAUGCUAUGUAUAUGCCAAUAAUAAUUAUAAACAAAAGAAACCCUCCAAUAAAAGAAAACAAAAUAUUUUGUGUGUGUAUAUGUAUAUAUUUACACACAAAGUGUUUAUUUAACAUUACACACCAUGAGAAAUUUAUACAAGAUAAUAAGAAAUUGUAGAACAUCUAUUGCACGUGACACUUUUUUUCCAUACUUUAGUAGUUCACAUCUUUCUGCCUAUGAAUGGAACAAGUAUUGCAAGGUGAGAAUUAAGCUGUUAAAUCUAACCCUUUGCAAAAUGUGGUCUCCUAAAACUAUAAAUAUAUUAUUAUUAUUUUUUUUUCAGUGACUGUUAUCAUCAAUCCCUGCCAAAUGUGCUGGUUAUAGUUCUUUAUUUUUCCUUGUUUCAUUUUCAUUGGGCGUUCCACAGACCAUGUGUGUCCUACUUCUGUAAAUAUUUGUAUUUUGCAACAAUGCUGGAGUACAGCAAUACUGUACACAUGAGUAUCGCGCCCUGCCAGGCUGCGGUCACUGGGUAUCCCUCUGCCAGGCUGCGGUCACUGGGUAUCCCUCUGCCAGGCUGCGGUCACUGGGUAUCCCUCUGCCAGGCUGCGGUCACUGGGUAUUGCCUGCUAUGGUCUUAAUAUGUGGACAGAGCAUGUCGAAAGGGAAUGACCCCCAUCCUGCAGGGAGCUUUCCUACCAGUGUUUCCUGCUUUCAUGGUUAUUCCCUGAGUUUAACAUUUUAAGCCAAAAUGGCCAAACUAGAAAUGUAGCUGUUUCUUUUUUCUCUAAUUCAGCUAAUUUGGCCUAAAAUAUUAACUUAAUUUUGAAUGUUUUCUCCCCCUAAACCCGCUAGUAGUAUGUUCAAUGUGGCCAUUCUGUACUGUCAUGUUACAAGAGGCCAGUAAACCUCAUUAAUGGAAGUCUAGUUUCAUAAUGCGCAUUUAUUGGGAUAUUAAAAUUAUAUUCAAUUCCUGGAGCUACUACUGGGACAUCUGUAAAUCUGCUAAGGCAAUUAUGGCGGAAAACCCGUUUGUCAGCUUGGUGAAGUGCUUUAGGGGAAAACUGCAUGUACCCUCUGACUUAUUUUAUAAAAGUAGUUUUAGCAGUUUGAUGAACCCCUUUAGUAACAUCUCCCAGCUUUCAUGUACACAGAGUUGUCUACUCGUUGAACUGUAGUUGAAAGCAGAGAACUGAGUGCUUUACAGAGAAACUUUGUUUGCGAAUCACAGCAUUGGUUGCUCAUGCAAGGUAUGCCCCAGUGCCAAUCUGUGAAAACCAUUUUAUUGGACACAAGUCAUCAGUAAUGAUGAUUUUCACAGGGGCGCUCUCCUGGCGCUGGACUAUAGGUAAGUUUCAAUGCAGAAAUUGAGUGGGGCGAUAAGGAAUCAGAAGAGUGUAAGCUUGUUUGACUGGCUCCUCAUCAACCGUUGUUCCUGUAACACUUCGUAAUUUUCUAAUUUAUUGUUAAAUUUACUCCUUUUAUAAUAUUGUAAAACACUGCGUAAUAAGUUGAUGCUAUGUAUAUGCCAAUAAUAAUUAUAAACAAAAGAAACCCUCCAAUAAAAGAAAACAAAAUAUUUUGUGUGUGUAUAUGUAUAUAUUUACACACAAAGUGUUUAUUUAACAUUACACACCAUGAGAAAUUUAUACAAGAUAAUAAGAAAUUGUAGAACAUCUAUUGCGCGUGACACUUUUUUUCCAUACUUUAGUAGUUCACAUCUUUCUGCCUAUGAAUGGAACAAGUAUUGCAAGGUGAGAAUUAAGCUGUUAAAUCUAACCCUUUGCAAAAUGUGGUCUCCUAAAACUAUAAAUAUAUUAUUAUUAUUUUUUUUUCAGUGACUGUUAUCAUCAAUCCCUGCCAAAUGUGCUGGUUAUAGUUCUUUAUUUUUCCUUGUUUCAUUUUCAUUGGGCGUUCCACAGACCAUGUGUGUCCUACUUCUGUAAAUAUUUGUAUUUUGCAACAAUGCUGGAGUACAGCAAUACUGUACACAUGAGUAUCGCGCCCUGCCAGGCUGCGGUCACUGGGUAUCCCUCUGCCAGGCUGCGGUCACUGGGUAUCCCUCUGCCAGGCUGCGGUCACUGGGUAUUGCCUGCUAUGGUCUUAAUAUGUGGACAGAGCAUGUCGAAAGGGAAUGACCCCCAUCCUGCAGGGAGCUUUCCUACCAGUGUUUCCUGCUUUCAUGGUUAUUCCCUGAGUUUAACAUUUUAAGCCAAAAUGGCCAAACUAGAAAUGUAGCUGUUUCUUUUUUCUCUAAUUCAGCUAAUUUGGCCUAAAAUAUUAACUUAAUUUUGAAUGUUUUCUCCCCCUAAACCCGCUAGUAGUAUGUUCAAUGUGGCCAUUCUGUACUGUCAUGUUACAAGAGGCCAGUAAACCUCAUUAAUGGAAGUCUAAUUUCAUAAUGCUGCAUUUAUUGGGAUAUUCUAGUUAUGACAUUUCGCUUUGCUUGCUUCCUAGAGAUGCAAUUUGAUAAAGUUAGAACCGUAUGUUUCAUUAUACCAAAUUUUAACAAUUAACUGUUUAGUAGAUUGGCCUCCAGGCUGAGGAAUCUCUUUGAGACACAGUCUUAGUACUGUUACUUUUGAUGACAGCUGAGCAAAUUAUUUCUAUACUUGGCUACCAGGUUGAUCAGACCGCUAGGGAGCCAAUCAGUUACUUUUGUUGGAAUAGUCCACUGACUGCAAGGUAUUAGCUGUCAGUCACCGCAAAACGCCACUAUGUUUGACUAUUACUGCAGUCCUAUGAGAUGUGGCAUGUUUUCAGGAUUCUCUGGUUAACCAAAUGAGCGAGGCUUCCAUUAACAGCAAAUACGCUCUUCAUUUUAGUUUCUACCUUUCUUCAUAGAGAUCCUGGCUGGCUUGGAGUGAUGGGGAUCGUUGGCGACAGCAGUCCCUAUGAUCACGUGCCUUGGGUGACGUCCACAUCACUAUUUCUAUUAUACAUCACUAAUGGGCAUAGCGUAAUCUCACAGCAAAAUGUAACGCUGUGCAGCAACCAUCAUGAAGAAAUCCGUUACUCUCCAUUCCAUGACUAUUUUAGAUGUCUGCAGUUUGUAUGUUCAGUGUUUUACUUUGAAAUACUGCACAUAAAAAGAUUAACCCCUUUGCUGACAGUGCUGUAACCUCACCUCUGGAGUUCCAGGUUGGCUAAUGCCAAGUCUCUCAGACAAAUGUUGCCCGCUUUGGCUUCCAGCUCUUCAGAAACCUGAAGCACAUCAAUGGACCACCAGAGAGCAUUGUAGCCUGUGGAGGACCCAGCAAACUAUUGCUGGCUAACCCGGCCAAGGUAUUUCUGGCAUCAUAACCACUACAGCGUCUGUAGUGGUCAUAACGAUUGGAGUAACCUUUUUAACAUAUAUUCUCUGGUCAAAAAGUUUGAAGAGGCAGUUUACUGUUUUUAGGAAAAGGAGGGGGAAACAAAAACUAGUUAGCUAGGUAUCCAUACAUAUACACACACACAUUGUGGAAAUAUGUAAAAGCUUUUCAUUUCAAAAUAUAUAAAUAUUGUCUAGUUAUCCCAGGAAUGUCAUAAAUUCUUGCAUUAUCUGCAGUGUGCUGAACUUUGUAAUAUCAUUUCCAAAUGCUGUCAUCUUUCGCAUAAUGUGCUGUGUUGUGUAAUACCAAUUUUUACAAGUCACGUAAAUUUAACAUGUGUCAUAGCUUUGUAAUGUCCUCAUCCACUUUCUUUUGUCCUAGAUAUUCUCUUAUGGCCACACUGAUUUGUUAAAAUUAUUAUAAUGCAAUCAGCAAGCAUAAUUUAGUUGUGUGCAUUUGGAUUAGACUUGGUGAUUGUUUUGUCUGCAUUAUUAUCUAUACACUUUUUUUUUUUUUUUUCUCUUCAUUUUAGAAACUUAAUUCAAAGUUACAUGAUGGAGUUUGCCAGAGAUGCAAAGAUGUUUUGGAAUGGAGGGUAAAAUUCAGCAAGUACAAGCCUCUGUCACAACCUAAAAAAUGGUAUGUAACACUCCCUGUUUAUGGUCCCAAGUAAUCUGAGUGUUUGUUUACUUUUUUUUAGAUGCUCCUAGAUGAUUAGGAGAACAAUAAAACCUCUCUGAGUUUAGAAACUGAGCUUUGUAAAGAAAGGAUCCGGGGAAGAGUUAGGGAUAUAAACAUUCACAAUACAGUAGGAAAUUGAGUUAACAGUAAGACAUAAUAUAACAUAUGUGUAUUACAUAUUGAAGGUUUGAAUGCAACAAGAUUGCCACCCCUCCUGUUUUGGAAUUCUAUUUUGCUGCAAUACAGGGUUGGAUCCAGGUUGCUUUAAGCUGUGCAUCAGCCAAUUGUGACCACUGAGUUUGAUGUAGAAGAGUAAUAUGUGGCUGUUGUUUAGCUAAAAACCUCAAAAUCUUCUUUCUCUUUAUGGGUGUGUUUACCUCUUUUACAUUCCAGGAUAGGAAUUUAAUGUUAGAGGUCGAGAAAGUUCUUGGAUUAGAAGACAUUAAUAUCUUAGCCGAUACCCUGGCAGGGAAGGUGGUAUAACUGAGAUUGGUAGCAUAGAAGGGGACUCUGUCCCUCCAAAGUCAGAGACAAGCAAGGAGUCCAGCGGAUCCGGUAGGUAGAAGGCCAAGUGGCCCAAACUAUAUACAGAUAGGUGAACCAAAAAGCAUUUAGAGAUGAUGGUUCAUCACUCCUCUCUAAGUGGUGAGAAUCUGGCUGAAGGGUUUGGUGAAGGUGUCCCCCAAUCCGGGAGAACAUUCUGUAGAAAGGUGGUAGCCUCUGAUUCCGAAGAGGUAGACCAAUUAUGAUUUGCGAUGCGUAAACGUAGAGUGGCAGGAUACGACGGAGCAAAUCUUAUGCCUUUCUUGUGUAACGCUGAGCAGAUGGAAGUAAAGGCUUGUCUCCGCUGUGUGACUUGUGCAGAGUAAUCUUUGAAGAUUAUAGUUCUUUUGUCUUGACAGGUAAGUCGAGAAGGUUGUUUAUAAGCUGUAAGGAUACUAACCAUAUCAUUGAAAUUUAGGAACUUUGCUAUUAUUGGUCGUGACUUAGUGGCAUCACUGGGCCUGUCAGGGCCAAAUCUGUGUGCUUAUUCAAUAACGAUGGGAGUGAGAGCAGAGGUACCGAGCUGUAGGAUAUCCUGUAGCCAGCUUUGAAGAGUGGAGAGAAUGUCAGCCGAGUUCAACGAUUCAGGGAAGCCCACAAAUCUUAGGUUAUUUCUUCUACCCCGGUUUAUGAGAUCAUCUAAUUAACCUGUAGAGAUGAUAAAGUAUUGUGUUGUUGUGUAGUCGAUUGUAAUUGGUGAAGUUCAUCUUCUGUUGCGCUUUUUCUGGUUUCUAGUAGAGUAAUUUGAGUAGAAUGGGAUUGUAGUAAAUGAACUGCAUUAUCAAUAGAUUCUUUAAUGUCCUUGAAUUGGGAGUCAAAGAUUGGUUUGAGAAGAAAACGGGCGACUUCUGAAGCUUGCUGUGAGAUGAGAGUAGAUGUUCUGAGGGGCAAAGAGGGAUCCUCAUCCGGAAUAGAGCCAGCAGGGGAAAGUGCCAGUGUGGAUGGGGGUAUAGUUUGUCUUAGAUGUUAUUUCUUUGCAUGUUUUUGAGGUUUGCUGUUAUGUUGUUUUAGAGAAGGAUUUAUCAAUUAAUUUAUCCAUGACAGAGAGAAGGAGGGAAAUCAGAGAACAAAAAAUUAAUUAAAAAAAAUCUUAUGGUCAACAAAGGUAUUUACAGUACAUAUGAGGAGAAAUUAUAUCUGUUCUGAAGCAGAGAGACCCAUCAGACCCCAAUUCUGAUGAGCUGCUAGCAUAGAAUUUUCGGCUGCUCUGAUGUGGCUAUGGCGAAGGUCUGCGAGGGUCCCUGCACAUAAAAUUUUUAGCCAUCAUUAGAGUGGAACUGUGAAGGUAUUCAGGGUUUUGCGGUGGCUCAGGACGUAGUUGAGGCCUACGGGUUAAGCGUAGCAAGGGAUAACCUGCAGCUACAGGAGUACACCCCCUGCCAGAAAAAACGGUUGAGAUACUGCAGCAUCCAAUAAGGAAUACGAAGAAUAAAUAAAUAAGUCAACCCAGUAAUGUACAGUCUAUGAGGGCAAAUAUUUACAGCCCCUCCGCAGGCUCCCUUCCUUUCUGUGUUAUCCAAUAGUGCUGAUGUUGAGAGAGAGAGAGAAGAAAAACCAUUAUGUAUAUGAGGAAUAGCUGUCAGACAUCAGUGCUGCAGAGCUUUGGUCCCUUUGCAGUGAGGUAAGAGACAUUGGUGACAGGGGAGAGGUAGUCCAGAAUCCCUUCACUAUUGAUGUCUCCAAGCUAGGAGAAACUGAUAGGCACUUAUUAUAAAUGUGAUGACAUUUUCUUAGAGUGGCACAAGCUUGAAAUAAAACCAGCAGGCAGGUCUGCAACUGACUGUCAGUAAUAAUAUCACAAAAAGAGAGAAAAAUAUAAAUAAAUAAAACUCAACAAAGUAUAUACACUGGAAGCAGCUGUGUGGCAGCCUGAAUUCAAGUUUGAGGCCAAGGAGGUGUACAAAAAAGUGUCCUCCAAUACAAGGCACUGGAGUGAGCAGAGGGACUAGGAGUUUAUCAGCAGCCACAGCCCUACAGAGUAUCUUCUCAGAUACAGUGUGUGGGGUUAUUAACCAGCGUUGUAUGGUCUAGGGAGGCUGCCAGGCCUGAUGUCCUGUGAAGGUGUGGGGCACAGUUUUAAUUAUGUGAUCCGGUACCUAACGUUGUAAUCACCGCGAAUAAGGUUCAUCCGUUAACAUCGGGAACCUUCAGUGAGCCUUGGCUCAGUGGAUGUGAGGUGCAAAGGAGCAAUGAUGCCCCACGGCCAGCUAAGAUGGCGGCGGAACCGGAAGCCUCCAUAUAAGUGGUUUUAAAUCUUGCACCCAUAGAACUAAGUCAC